UAAAGGCAAAAACAAUACUUCCGAAAGAUGGCCCUCCCACUUGCCUGUGAUAGGCUACCAGGAAUAGCAACAGCCUGUGUCACUGGAAAGGGCAAAGCCUUCUGAAAUAGAAACAAAGUUGUUCACAAAUCACUUUGUGGCUUACAUUUAGUUUCUGUAUGUUUCUGUAACGUGCUGCCAUGAGGAGACUAAACUGUACACUGGUUGUCGGCAUGAGAAGGGGAACUGCCCUGUGAAGUGUUUCAACCGUGAAGUGCAGGAUAGAGCUGUUGAAUGGCAAUGGUACCUAUGGAGAGCACCGAGGACCUCAAUCAGCAGUGCCAGAAAAUGACAGCAGAGGAGACCGAUGAUAGUAACAGAUGCAGCAGCAACCUACAUGAGCUUCCCUCUCCGACAGGAUGUGGAAUGUUUACCUUUCUGUCAUCUACCAUUGCUGCCAUCAGUGGACUUCUAAUGGGUUAUGAAUUGGGACUUAUCUCAGGGGCUCUUCUCCAGCUGAGCAGUAUACUAAUGCUCUCUUGCAAACAGCAGGAAAUAGUCGUAAGCGCCAUCCUUAUUGGGGCCUUACUAGCAUCACUUACUGGUGGAUUUCUGAUUGACCGAUUUGGAAGGAGAAUUGCUAUUAUUGUAGCAUCUUCUUUAUUUGUAUUGGGAAGUCUGAUCUUGAUACCCAGUGCAUCAUAUGGGAUACUUAUUGUAGGUCGGAUCACUAUAGGCAUUUCCAUAUCAUUAUCCUCAAUUGCAACAUGUGUAUAUAUUGCUGAGAUUGCACCGCAGCAUAGAAGAGGCCUACUUGUGUCAUUAAAUGAACUUAUGAUUGUGACUGGCUUUCUUUUUGCCUACAUUUCAAAUUAUGUAUUUGCCAGCAUUUCUCAAGGCUGGAAAUACAUGUUUGGCCUUGCAAUGCCAUUAGGGGCUUUGCAAGCUGUUGCUAUGUAUUUCCUUCCCCCAAGUCCUCGGUUUCUUGUUAUGAAAGGUAAUGAUGAAGCUGCUAGCAAGGUACUGGGGAGGCUAAGGGCAACUUCAGACACUGCUGAAGAACUCAUUGCCAUCAAGUCUUCCUUGAAAGAUGAACAUCAGUAUGGUUUCUUGGACCUAUUUCGUUCAAAAGACAAUAUGAGGGCACGAAUGCUAAUAGGUCUCACCCUAGCAUUUUUUGUGCAAACAACAGGACAACCUAACAUUUUAUUUUAUGCAUCGACUGUUCUGAAGUCAGUUGGGUUUCAGAGCAAUGAAGCAGCUAGCUUGGCCUCUACUGGAGUGGGAGUGGUCAAAGUAGUCAGCACAAUCCCAGCCAUCAUUUUUGUGGAUCAAGUUGGAAGCAAAACCUUUCUGUGUAUUGGUUCUUCUCUUAUGGCAGUGUCGCUAGUCACCAUGGGUUUGGUGAAUUUUAAUUUACAUAUGAACUUCACAAAUAUGUGUAGAAGCCAGUCCCUAGAAGAUUCAGUUUUUCAUGGAUCAGGAAACCUGACUGCCAAUAAUGAGAGUCUCAGGAACCAGUUUGGCAGUAUGACUUCACAGGAUGGAAUAUCACUAAAUACACUAAAGAAAUCUGAAAUGGCUGAAACAGAGGAACAGAACAGGACAGUUUUGGAAGGAGACAUGAUCUCUACAGGAAGUCAAAUGAGAUUGAACAUCAAAACAGAAACUGUGGAAGUCCCACUACUUCUGAAAUGGAUCUCUCUGGCUAGCUUGCUUGUUUAUGUUGCUGCUUUCUCCAUUGGUCUGGGACCAAUGACCUGGCUGCUGCUGAGUGAAAUUUUCCCUGGUGGAAUCAGAGGACGGGCCAUUGCUUUGACCUCUAGUAUGAACUGGGGUAUAAAUCUCCUUAUCUCCUUGACAUUUUUGACCGUAACUGACCUUAUUGGCUUGCCAUGGGUGUGCUUCAUUUACACAGUAAUGAGUCUUGCAUCCUUGGCUUUUGUCAUCAUGUUUAUACCAGAGACAAAGGGAUGCUCUUUAGAACAAAUAUCCAUGGAGCUAGCCAAACAGAAGUAUGCGAAGAAUACCACUUGCUGGAUCAGCCAACAAAGAGAGAAAUUAGCACCAAUAGAGCUUCCCAAGAGAGAACACUGUGAGCAGUUCUACUAGACUUCAGAAGGAUGUUUGUUCAUCCAAGGGCAACCUAUGUAGCCUUCUCAAGAGAACUAAUG